AUGGUUCCCCGGGUCGGCCUUUUGUUGGCUUUUAGCCUUGUCUACAUCGAAUCUUCAAUUGCAGGCCCUUGCAUUCCUGGUACUACCUCAACAGCCGUAACCUCUUCUGAGGCUGAAUCCGCUACCUCAUAUUCCGUAUCUUUCACCACGGUUGUUACCACGGAUUCCACUACCUCAGGAACUGACUCAUCAACCACAUCUUUGACACUCACUGAGUCUUCUACCGAGUCAACCACCUUCGUAUCAUCCACCAGUAGUGCCCCAGUGAGCUCGGAUUCAACAACGCUUUUAACCUCCGAGGCUACUACGUCCGAGGCAACCACCUCUCUGUCGACCCAGACAUCCGCCACCUCGACCUCCCCUCAGCCAGACUCAACAGCUUUCAACAUCAUCCCAGAAGCUGGCUCAGCUGCCAGUGGGUUCCUCAAAGUUAGGACCAUCCUUGGCGGAGAGGUUUACUUCAACAAUCCAUACACAUCAUACCAAACCGGCGUGUUCGUUGUGAAUGGCGCCACUCGGCACCUGACCGAACGCGGGUCACAAAGCAUCUGCGCCUUCUUCAGAACCGGCCAAGGCUAUGGCGAUCUCAUCGGCUGUCAGCCAGACGUCAAUCCUGAUGUGCAGCAAGUACCCAUCACCUGCCAACUGACAGCCAGUGAGAAAAUCCAGUGCUCAGUGGCUGGUAAAUUCUGUUACUACCAGGGUGACAUGCUCCACUGCGAUGAUAGGGGAUCCUAUUCUUCCCUCUACAUCGAGGGUCUUAGCAGCGACGGCUAUGGUGUUGUUCUUGGUCCCAGUGGUCUCAGUUUGUCAUCGGUAGAGCUUUCGGCUGUACCCAUCUAA